AUGAGAUUCUUUAUCCCCAUUGUUGCAUUUUUCAUUGCCCAGGGAACAGCUGAGACAACUACUGUUUAUUCAACUAGAAACUACAGAUUGCCUACCACUACAUCUCAAACAGAUGGUACUAUUUAUGUUACUUCAACAAGACAAUUAGCUAUUACUACUUCUUCUACAACCAAUUCUGGGUCUAGCUCAUCUCUUUCAGUACAAACGACUGCUGUUACAGAUUGUCACUUCCACGACUCGGUUCAAUAUUGUAUUAAUGGCUAUGGUGUUGAAGGUUCCAUUGUCCCCGCACCAACCAACACCGAUGCGGCACCAACUAGCUAUGAAGAGUGUCAUUCUCACGAUGAUGAAGUUUUUUGCAUUUAUCAAGGAAACGAAGUGCAAUUUAUCGCUGUUGAUGAAGAUGGCCUGGAUGAAUCCGAAUCUUCGUCUGGAACCAAUUGUCAUUUCCAUGCGGGGGUUGAACAUUGUGUUGGAGGUAGUGCAGAUGUUGAAUCCUGUGAAAGAGUUGACAGAGAUUAUAAUAUACCUUUAAGAAUUGGUUUGUUGUUUGUCAUAUUAGUUACUUCUGCAAUUGGUUCAUUUGGUCCGCUCCUUUUGAAAUCAUGGUUCAAAUUAUCCACAGACGGUAUCAUCAUUACUAUUAUCAAGCAAUUCGGUACAGGGGUCAUUAUCUCCACUGUGUUCAUCCAUUUAAUAACUCAUGCACAAUUAAUGUGGAGCAAUUCCUGUUUACAUAUUGUAUAUGAAGGUACAGGUGCAGCUAUAACUAUGGCAGGUUUGUUGGUGGCUUUCCUUUUGGAAUAUUUUGCUCAUAGAGUGCUCAAGAACCGAGUUUCCUUGACAAAAGGGCAUGCUGCUUCAACAAAAGAAGAAGAGAAACAAGUUGUGGAGGUUUCAAGCGCAGAGUCUGUUCCACACGGAAUCUCAGUUAAUGAUAAGAUAUCGGUCCUUAUCAUGGAAGCUGGUAUUCUCUUUCACUCUAUUCUUAUUGGUGUUAUUCUUGUUGUCGCAGGCGAUUCAUACUUUAUUACUUUAUUCAUAGUGAUUGUUUUCCAUCAGUUCUUUGAAGGGUUGGCUUUGGGUUCGAGAAUUCUUAGUAUUGAAAAUGCAAAGAUGCACGUGAAAUUGCUCAUGGCUGCUGCAUUUGCUUUGAUUACCCCAUUGGGUAUGGCCAUUGGUAUUGGUGUGUUGAACAAGUUCAAUGGGAACGAUCCAUCAACUAUCAUUGCUUUAGGUACAUUGGACUCCUUCUCUGCUGGUAUUUUACUUUGGACUGGUUUAAUUGAAAUGUGGGCACAUGACUGGUUACAUGGAAGUUUAAGCAACAGUUCUUUGUGGGUUACAUUAUCUGCCUUGACAAGUUUGAUUGUCGGUAUGCUAUUGAUGAGUUUAUUAGGUUAUUGGGCUUAG